AUGGCGUCAGAAGCGAUCCCCGUUCACACUGAUCCACGAAAAUUAUUAAAAACCCUGUAUUAUGCAUUACAGGCCAAAAGUCUCAUCUGCACAGUAGGGGUCUCUGCGGCUGAAAACUGUAAUCAUACAGAUUAUACUGUGGCUUAUGAGGCACUUUUUCAACAACUUGGCUUGGACAAGAAUGGUGUUCAGAUGACCCACAUGCGGCCUUUGUCCUGGGGCCCUGUGACCUGUGUUUAUGUGGACAUGUAUGUGACCUCCAUCAUAGAAGUGAAUGAAAAAGCACAGAGCUUCUCGACACAGGUCAAAAUGAUGACUGCUUGGUCAAAUAGGAAUAUGGCGUGGGAUGAAGAGGAGUUUUGUGGAAUGGAGACAUUAGCAGUCCCAAAAGAAAUGUUUUGGACUCCAGACAUUGGUAUAGUAGAAAGCAUCAAGACAGAGUCUGGAACAAAGGAGUUUCCAUAUGUGCACUUGAUCAGUUAUGGCUAUACAGUCUCAUCUGACGUUUUAACUCUGACCACAGCCUGUAAGAUGGACCUGUACAGGUUUCCCUUCGACAUCCAAAGCUGCAAUCUAACGCUUCAGUCUUCAGCGCAUUCAGUUAAGGAGCUUACAAUAUACACAUUGUAUGGUUCCGUAUGGUUAACUCUCGCGUCGAAGCAGACUUUUCAGGCCCAGGGAGAGUGGGAACUCCUCAGUAUAAAUAUGAUUAACUAUAAUGCCACUUUCAUAUGGGGGGUCAAGAAUCAGCUGAUAUAUCAGAUUACCAUCAAGAGGAGACCUCUACUUUAUCUCAUCAAUUUCAUGCUACCAAUAUUUUUCUUCCUCGUGCUGGAUGUGACCUCCUUCUUCAUAGAUGCAAAUAAAGCAGACAAACUGAGCUUUAAAGUGACUUUACUCCUGUCUAUUUCUGUGAUGCUGCUGAUUCUUAAUGACACACUGCCCUCUACAGCUGAUAAAAUCCCACUGAUUGGGGUGUACUGCAGUGUGAUUUUCAGUCUCAUUGGUAUCAGCAUUCUGGAGACCAUCCUUGUCAAUUUUCUGAUGGUUAGAGGAGCUGAGAGGAGAUCAGUUGCAUCAGUGGAAACUACAUCUGCUGUUACUGCCCAAGAUGACGGUGUCAGAGACCUGCAGAGCCCUCCAGAUUCAGUUAGAGAUCAGACUGAAGACCAAUCUUGUAUCCUUGACCUUCUAAAGCAGAUCCUCUCUGAGUGCCGGGCUGCAACUCAACACAACCAACGAGAGAAGACAUCUCUGUGCUGGACCAGAGUGGCAAGAAUCAUAGAUGUGACCUUCUUCAUUCUUUACAUAAUCACCAUUAUUGUGUUUCUGUGUGUGCUUGGGAAG